AUGACCGUCAAUACCCCGCCUCUUUCAAAGACCUCGAGCAUUGUCAUUCUGGGCGCGGGUACCUUUGGCAUCAGCACCGCAUAUCAUCUUGCCAAGCGUGGCUACAACAAUAUCAGGUGUCUCGAUCGUCAUCCCAUACCAAGUCUCGAUUCUGCAGGGUAUGACCUGAACAAGAUCAUCAGAACGGAAUAUGAUGAGCCGCUGUACACUGAACUAGCGCUUGAGGCACUCAAUGCUUGGAGAGGUUUAGAAUGGGAAGGAAUCUUUCAUGAGACGGGACGCAUCGUGACAACUCUAGGGGACCCACUAGCAGAGAAACACCUCAAAGAGUCGUAUGAGAAUCUCAAGAAGGCUGGACAGGCUGAUAGUCUCGAGCUGGUGGCGGGCAAAGAGCAAAUUGCCACACACGUUCCGCAGCUCCGUGAUGCAGACGGUAUCGAAAACUGGAAGGGCCUUUGGAACAGCCAAGGUGGCUGGGCCCAUGCCAAGAAGUCUUUAGAGAAAUGGGGUAAAGCAGCACAGGAUAUGGGUGUUGAAUUCAUAUCAGGACCUAAAGGCACGAUGACUGGGCUGAGCCUCGAUACUUCGGGCAAGCUUGACGGGAUCAAGGUUGCGUCCGGCGAUGUUGUGCGUGGGGACAGGUAUAUCCUCUGUACAGGGGCUGCAUCACCUGAAGUUCUACCUGAGUUGUCUCAGGAGAUGUGGACAAAGUGCUGGUCUUUGGCUCAUAUCGAGCUGAAUGAUGAGGAGGUUGCCCAGUGGAAGGGGAUUCCCGUCGUGGACAACUUUGAGCUGGGCUUCACAUUCGAACCAGACACAGAAACCAAGUGGAUGAAGAUCUGUGACGGAUCCCCAGGUUACCAGUACCGAAUCGGCACGUACACCGAUCCCUCGGGUAAGGUAGAGCACUACUCAGUCCCUCGAUACGCGAGUGCACACCCCAAAGACGGAAUCCCCGAUGAAGCAGCUACAGCAAUCAGGAAGUUUAUUGAUACAGUCAUGCCACAGUUCUCUGGUCGACCGCUGCUGGGUGCGCGAGUCUGCUGGUGCACCGACUCUCCGGACUCUCACUGGCUCAUCGACAAUCAUCCGAAACAUCCAUCACUACUUCUGGCGACUGGAGACUCUGGUCAUGCUUUCAAGAUGUUUCCCAUCAUCGGCGACUACAUUGCAGAUGCCUUGGAGGGCAAAGAAAGGGGACUAAAAGAGGAAUGGAAGUAUGGCAAUAGAAAGUCGAAGCCUGUCGCUACUAGGCCUGGCACGGAGGUGAAAGACCUUAGAGAUAUUAUGCACCUGGAGGCUGCAUGGUGA